GUCCGUUUGUCGGGUUCCUUCUGUCCGCUGCUGGAGAGGGCUCAUUGCUGGCCGGGGACAGAGCCGGGCACUGAGGAGCGACAGGACCCGGAGGAGGAGGAGGGAGAGCGCAGGCAGCGAGGAAAGGAGGAUCCCGGCAGGUGACAAGCAUGAAAUUCAGCCCAGUGCACUACCUGCUGCCUCUCCUGCCGGCGCUGGUCCUCAGCACCAGACAGGACUAUGAAGAGCUAGAAAAGCAGCUGAAGCAAGUCUUUAAGGAGCGAAGCACCAUCCUCCGUCAGCUGACAAAAACAUCAAGAGAACUUGAUGGAAUUAAAGUCAACCUUCAGAAUUUGAAAAAUGAUGAGAAAUCUGCCAAAACUGAUGUUCAGAAGCUUCUGGAAGUAGGUCAGAAACAAAGAGAACAAAUGAAGUCUCUCCAGGAAGCCCUGGAAAAUCAGCUUAAAGAGACAACUGAAAAAGCAGAAAAACAGCAGGCUACUAUUGCUUUUUUAAAGACUGAAAUGGAGAGAAAGAACAAAAUGAUCCGAGAUCUCCAAAAUGAGAAUAAAAGCUUGAAACACAAACUCUUGUCAGGAAACAAGCUAUGUGGAAUACAUGCAGAAGAGUCAAAAAAAAUCCACGCCCAGCUGAAGGAGCUUCGUUAUGGGAAGAAAGAUUUAUUGUUUAAGGCCCAACAGCUUACUGAACUGGAACGAAAAUUAGCUGUGGCGAAAAAUGAACUGGAGAAAGCAGCUCUUGACCGGGCAUCGCAGCUGAAAGCAAUGAAAGAGACGGUACAACUCUGCCUCUCAACUGUUUUUAAUGAUCAACCUCCUCCCCCUUUGAAUCUCUUCAAGCCGAGUCCAACUCAGAUAUCAAUUCCAUCCAUGCCAAAUGACACUAAGAUUGCAGAUGCAAGGACAAGAAGCAAGGCUCAACAAACCACUUCUGAAGCCCAUGAGAGCUCUCAAGUUGAGACUACAAAGGAAGAAUAUCUGAGUACCCCUGAGUGCGAUACUCAAAUUGUAAGAUUAAUUUAAAAUGUUUUUAACAACAUUCAACAUGAAAACAAGGACAUAAGCGUUUUAACAACCCUAGUUUAUGUCACCAUGAAACUUUCUAUUUAUAUAUAAUAUCUACUAUCUAAACAGUGUACUUUUAAAUUUGAAAAUGCAGAUAGAUAUGAAUCAUGUAGGUGUUCCACUAGGAAAUAUAAUCAGACAAUUAGGGGUACUAUGAACUUGAAUUGCUAGAGAGAUAAGGGGGUCAUUCCCACAAUCACAUGACAGAAA